AUGGGCAACUCCGGCAGCACAGCUCCCGCGCGUCUAGGAAAGACCCAUGUUCCAGAUUUAGAAUGGAAGGUGCACGACUUCUCAGCGCUGCUUGAGACGAAAGCUUCCUCGGCGAUAUCUUCUUUUUUUCACUGCUCUGGGUACAAGUGGUACCUGCAAGUGACUCCAAAGCACAAUCAAGAUGCUCAAGUGUCUCCAAAUCGCAAACAAGAUGAUCAAGGAAAUCCAUAUGUUGCUCUUUCUCUUAUGAUAUUCCGGGAAGGCUUGGAGCCAGCUAGCUACAACUUCAAUGUCAAGAAUACCUACUCGAACAAGGAAUGCUUGAUUCCUCUUGAAGAGCUACUAAAAUCACCUGCUUUUCUAGUUGAUGAUAGCUGUGUCUUUGGUGUGGAGAUAUUAAAAAUUGACGUCUCUUCUCCCGAAAUGAAGUCUGCCGUGAUUCAGAAAAAGGCUACCACAGUUCAGAACCUCUUUGUCCAGAAGAAGGGAUUCAUCAAAGGGACAUACACUUGGACCAUGAACAAUUUCCUAGAAUUGGACUCUCAGCACUUUGUCCGUUCUCCUACAUUUGAAGUUUGCGGGCAUAAAUGGUACAUGGGCAUGUAUCCGCGUGGUGACAAGAGCAGCACUGAUUGCCUCGCCUUGGGUUUGUACGCGGAGUCCUCGGAUGAGCUCUUUAUCGAGUCCAGGAAGGUGCUUCAAAUGAGUCUGUCCAUCCUGGACCAAAAGAAUGGGAAAUACUUCACAAGAACUUCAGGUCUCUUGGUGUGUUUUAGUCAAGGCUGGUCAUGGUCCGACUUCUUGCCACUCAAGGAACUCCAGGAUCUGUCCAGAGGCUACCUUAUAGAAUCGAACUGUGUCGUCAAGGCUGAUCUUACUAUCUUUGGGUCAUCCAGUGAUGGCUAG